AUGGAUUAUGGAAACAGUGUAAACACGGUCCUUCAUUGGAACUAUAGGAGAUUUACUGAAUUUCCUCUCGAGCGUCUCCAAGGCGAGGAGAGCGAGAUAACGGACAUUUAUUUAAAAGAAAAUUUAAUAUCUCGUAUACCGAGCGAUAUUGGUAAGCUGAACAAUCUUGAGAGCUUAUAUUUGAGCGGCAAUGAUAUUACAGAGUUACCGAGGGAGAUAUCAAAGUUAACUCGGCUAAAGUGCUUGGAUGUUAGUGGCAAUAGAUUGCGAUAUAUACCGGCUGAGAUCGGUGAAGUGAGGAACUUAAAAUUUUUAAUAUUAGAUGAGAAUGAGAUUCGGGAACUGCCUUUGAGGAUGGCUGAACUGCGAAUGCUACGCUAUCUUUCGGUUUGUGAUAAUAAGCUCCAAUGGCUGCCUCAGAGACCUGUAUACAAUUAUCAUCACUGUGAAUUCAAAUUUUGGAGGAAUCCCAACCUGAAAGCCAUACCCUAUUCUUUAUGGUACCAUAUGUUCAGAGGGCAACAGACGAGAAGCUUUAAUAUUGGAUGUCUUACUUAUUCACCGAUUCGUCAAGAACCGUAUCACACUGGAAGAUGUGUCUUACAGUUGAACCAAGACAUAGAUUGUCAGAUAGACAUAACAUUUCCAACAAAAUACAAGCAUGUUAUAGAUAAAAACUUGGUGACUGCUCCAUCUCUUUUUGAAUUGUGCAAACGAAAAAUGUACGAAAUUAUUAGCGAGGCUGCGAAAAAGCUGACAAAAGAACCACCCAGUAUAUAUUCAGAUGUUAGUUUUGAUGCUAUAAAUAAUAAUAAUCAGUAUGAUAGCAAAAAUUAUAAUUUAGAUAGCGACCUUCAAAAAGAAAAUAAAAAUGUGUAUAGAUCUUUUUCUAAUAAUAGAAAAGGCUAUCAUGUCCCAGCUAACAUAAUUGAGAAAUAUUUCUGUUAUCUGCCAAAAGUAAUGAAGGACGAUUUAUGUAACGGGCCCGUGUCGAGAUGUGAGAAUGGGUUUUGUAAAAAACCAAUAUUUGAUUAUGUUUAUUUGGAAUUUUGCAUAGAAAAAAUAAUUCUCAUUGAAGAUACGGAAGACAUCAUCUUAAGCGCUUCGUUUUGCUCUAAAAGCUGUGCAGAAUUGUGGAAAACCGGAAAGAGUUUAUUGAAUUGGAAGUUUGUU